AUGGAAUUUUUGAACUCAGCAGUUGAGAAAAACACCACCUUUGUGCAAUCUGCAUAUUUUAUAAUAAGUGGGUUCAUUGGCAUACCUAAUAUUAGAUAUUAUUUCGUCUUUCUAUGUUUUAUUUACAUUUUUUCAGUGGUGGGAAACUCUUUAGUGAUGACUGUAAUAAUUUUGGAUCGUAUGUUGAGAAGUCCUAAAUAUAUUGCAGUUUUUAAUCUUGCACUUACAGACCUGUUAAGUAGCUGUGCUUUGGUGCCAAAGGUUCUUGACAUUUCUCUGUUUAACCAUUAUUAUAUCUCUUACAACAACUGCUUGACUUUCAUGUUUUUCUGCUUUACUUUAAUUUCAAUGCAGGCUUUUAAUCUAGUUGUAUUGUCCUUUGACAGAGUCAUGGCUAUCAUGUACCCGCUGCACUAUCAAAUGAGAGUGAGCCACAAGGUCAUUCUGUCUUUGAUUGCUUUUUUCUUCCUUUUGGCCAUCACUCUUACACUCAUUGCAGUUGGCCUUCUCACAAGACUUUCCUUCUGUAAGUCUGUGAUUAUUCAGAGCUAUUAUUGUGAUCAUGGUCCUAUGUAUCGUCUUGGCUGCAAUGAUGUUACCCCUAAUUAUAUAAUUGGGUUUUUGGCAAUAAUUCUUGUUCUUGCAUUUCCACUGGCAUUUAUCGUGGGAAGUUACUGCUGUAUCGGUUAUUCUUUGUCAAAAUUUCUACAUUUAGGGAAAGAGUGA